CAGCCUUGCUGCUUUGAUGCUCCGACACAAGACUAAAAUCGCCGCGUGGCAUUUCCAUUUCCCUUGUCGAAAAAGGCACACAACUUUCUCCUUGGAAACAAACAACACAUCAACUAACUAAUCAAUUUCGCAAUGAACUCCAAGAGCAACAGCCUCGUAACACUCGGUACGCUUUGGAUGGCAGCUGUCUCGGCGGAUGCCGCUCGUCAUGGGACAUGGGGAAUACCAUCGCAUCAUCGUCAUCAUGGUAGGCGCCACAUGCGACAAGAAUCGGAGGACCAUCCUCUGGUGGAGUUGGUGCGCGAUAUGUUCUCGGUCCCAGCCUAUUCGUCAGUUAUGCGUCCUCAGGGUUCCAUCUUUGGCGGCGAGACGGAGAUAUCUUCUUCUCCUCGUAUUGAAGUCUCGGAGGACGAAAAUGGCACCGUGGAGCUCGUCAUGGAACUACCGGGCGUGUCUGCUCGCGAUCUGAACAUUGAAGUGGAAAAUGAUCACGUCCUUCGAGUACAAGGCGUGCGCACUCGCCGCAAGAAUGGAUACCUCUCCAAAUCGGAGUUUGAUCAAACGAUCCGCUUGAAGGACACGGUGGAUGUGGAUAAGCUCGAGGCAAACUUGUCCGCGGGGGUCUUAACGAUUACGGUGCCGCAGAAACCUACCAAAAUCAAGAAGCUAUCCAUAUCCUCGAAGGAUCCUGGCAGUAUUUUGGAUCAUGCAACUACUCCCACAAAGAAGCCGAAGGGCUCCAAGAAGAAGAUCGAAAAGAACGAGGAUGAAGAAGUUGAUUUUGACGAUGACGAGAUUAUCUAGCUAGUCAGAUACCGGUAGACCAACUUAUCUUUUC